UGGCUUUUGGAACUGCGUGGCCGGGGCUGGUCUACACCGGCGAUCCAAACCCGGCUUGGCGUGAGCGCGCUCUCGCCGCUCCCCUCGUCUGCUCCCCGCGGAGUCGCUUCCCGGCCCGCUCCCCGCGUCCUCCCCAGUGGAUGGGCUUCAGGGACCGCCACGACGGCGCCAGCAACGGCACGGCGCGGCUGCCCCAGCUGGGCUCCGUAGGUCAAUCUCCCUACACCAGCGCCCCGCCGCUGUCCCACACCCCCAAUGCCGACUUCCAGCCCCCUUACUUCCCCCCGCCCUACCAGCCCAUCUACCCGCAGUCACAAGAUCCUUACUCCCACGUCAACGACCCCUACAGCCUGAACCCCCUGCACGCCCAGCCGCAGCCGCAGCACCCCGGCUGGCCCGGCCAGCGCCAGAGCCAGGAGUCGGGGCUCCUGCACGCGCACCGGGGGCUGCCGCACCAGCUGUCCGGCCUGGACCCGCGCAGGGACUACCGGCGCCACGACGACCUCCUGCACGGCCCGCACGGGCUGGGCUCGGGCCUGGCCGACCUCCCGCUCCACUCCCUCCCGCACGCCAUCGAGGACGUCCCGCAUGUGGAAGACCCGGGUAUUAACAUCCCAGAUCAAACUGUAAUUAAGAAAGGCCCCGUGUCCCUGUCCAAGUCCAGCGGCAGCGCCGUGUCCGCCAUCCCCAUCAACAAGGACAACCUCUUCGGCGGCGUGGUGAACCCCAACGAGGUCUUCUGUUCAGUUCCGGGUCGCCUGUCGCUGCUCAGCUCCACCUCGAAGUACAAGGUCACGGUGGCGGAAGUGCAGCGGCGCCUGUCCCCGCCCGAGUGCCUCAACGCGUCGCUGCUGGGCGGCGUGCUGCGGAGGGCCAAGUCCAAAAAUGGAGGAAGGUCUUUGAGAGAAAAGCUGGACAAGAUCGGCCUGAACCUGCCCGCCGGGAGACGCAAGGCGGCGAACGUGACGCUGCUCACCUCCCUGGUGGAAGGAGAAGCCGUGCACCUCGCCAGAGACUUCGGCUACGUGUGCGAAACGGAAUUUCCGGCGAAAGCCGUGGCUGAGUUUCUCAACCGACAACAUGCCGACCCCAACGAGCAAGUGACGAGGAAAAACAUGCUUCUGGCCACAAAGCAGAUCUGUAAGGAGUUCACGGACCUGCUGGCCCAGGACCGCUCUCCCCUGGGGAACUCGAGGCCCAACCCCAUCCUGGAGCCGGGCAUCCAGAGCUGCCUGACGCACUUCAACCUCAUCUCGCACGGCUUCGGCAGCCCGGCCGUGUGCGCGGCCGUCACGGCGCUGCAGAACUAUCUCACCGAGGCCCUGAAGGCCAUGGACAAGCUGUACCUCAGCAGCAACCCCGGCAGCCACCCCGACGGCGGCGCCAAGGGCGGCGACAAAGAGGAGAAGCACCGGAAGUGAGGCCGGGCGGCACCCCCCACUGCUGCUACUGCUGCUGCUGAGGUCCUGCCUCGACCUCCCCAGAGAACACGGCGGGCCCGAAGCCGCGCGAGGAAGCUCCGACGCCCGAGCCUGGGAACCUUCUUUCCUUUUCCGGGAGAAAGAGAGAAGCGCAGAGAAGACGCCCGCCAUCACCACACACACACACACACACACACACAUGCGUGCACACACACACACACAUGCGUGCACACACACGCGCACACACAUGCGUACACACACACACUUUGGAAACUCUUUUUUCUAAAAAAAAGAAAAAGAACAUAAAAAUGAAAAAACAGACCACCCAGCCCCCACCCGGCCCCACCCGCCCCGCCCCGCCCGUAGCCAUACUCGAGCCGGCGCGGCCACGGAGAAUGACACUUAUCAGUAUUGCGAGUAAGCUCGAGCACGCGGGCCGUGGCGUCGGUGGCCCGAGUUCGUCCUCCUCGAGGCGACGCGACCGGCUGGACUCCCCGUGCAGCAGGCGCGCCCGCGUCUCUGUACAGAUUUAUUUAUGUGUAAUUUAAUGGGAAUUGUAAAUAUGGUGAGUGUCCGGAGCCCCCGCCCCUUUUUUUAUUUAUCUGGUGACCUUGUUUACCUCUCGCUUAGUGGUUCGACUCUUCCUUUCUUCAUGUGACUCUUGCUUCCGGUCUGGGGGUCCGCGGGGGGGGGGCCCUUCCGUGGGCAGCCCUGGACUUAGCCCUGUUGUAGCAUGUUAAAGACGACAAUGAAACAGCUGAACACUUUUUUUUUUUUUUAAAAAAAAGCCAAAAUAAAAUUUUAUAUAUAAUUAGUAUUCCAGUGAGCUUUUUAUUGAACCGGGAGAAAAAGUUUUUCUGUUUUUGUUUUUGGAGAAAACGUAAGUGGUUGGAUAAUCUUCCGACCUCCAGAGUAUUUCGGGGAGACGGCGAUGAAAGUAACCAACCCCCCGUCUCGUCCCCCUGCCCGGCAUUAUUUGAGCAAUAAAUGAAGGUGGUCUCUGAACCAGGGCUAGGCCCUUCGCCCCUCGCGCCCCCUGCCCCCCGCUCUCUUUUUGUUCAGACAACUUCAGGCCUGGGGGACCCCCGGCCUCCCGUGUCCCCACUGCCCGCGUGGGGACAGCUCUCCGCGCGCUGUGACGUGCUGGCAACCAUCUCCGUGUUCGUCAAUGUAUCAUAGUCCUUUGUUGCCCAGAUAAAUAAAUAUUUGAUACGCUUUAUGUCGAUUUUUUUUUAUUCAGUGGCUGUCUUUACCCAGGCGUCUUUUUGUUCCUGGCAGUAUUUUUAUUCAGAAUGGUUACAGUAAUUGAGUUUACCUCUCCCUUGGCAAUUGUCCCUGCAGUAAGCAGCUGAACCCAUGGUUUCCCUCAAGUACAAUAAAAACUUACUUUCGACUUGGAGUUCAGAGCAGGGUACCAUUUAGGUGUCCCACGGAGCCCGCGCACAGACAAAUGGCGCAAUAAAGCUCGGGGUGGCCUCUCCGAGAGAGGAGGCUCGCACGGCGACAGGGAUGACAGACUGUC